AUGUGCUCAAUAGACAAGGGCACAUAUGACAGGGUCAAAGGCAUCCUGGGCACAAACACUGAGCCCUGGGAGUAUGCCGGGAUCAAGUCGGGCGACAAGCGGUCGCAAAUCAAUAAGGACACCAAGUAUGUCUUUGUCCAAGUCCAGCACCGCAUGCAUGGACGAGCUGCGAUUCGGCACACCGCCAAGGCGAACACCUCACGAUCCCUUAGCCACAUGGUUGGCUUCGACCCAACCGGCAUCUACCCGGUAUAUGUCUCACAGAACGGCGAGCCCGAGGAAAUCAACAACUGCGUCACGAAUCUUCGCGCGCAUACCAAGAUCCCCAACGCCGAGGUUGCCUUUAUCCCGGUCGUUCCCCUCAACGGACAUGGGGCAUUCAGAGAUGUGAGGCGGCACCUCUCAAGGGGCGGAAUUUUCAGCAGGAUGAUCAAGACCCGCGAACCCGGCGCGGAUUACGCGACCGAGCAGAGGGAAGAGCGGCGUGCGGCCUCGGAAUCGGGAGGCCCUUUCACUCUUCCUUGGGGCUACCGCUGGGCUCUGCCUACGCUCAUGGAGAUAGGCGCCAUCCACUAUGCCAAAGAAUCCGAUGACGAACCGGACUUCCCCUUCGAUGAGCUGCCCGCUUUUCCGCCCUUCCGGCCAACGCCUCGCUUUUUGGGCCUGGUCGAAGCGGUCCGAGAGCACUUGCACCAGGAUUUUCUGACCAAGCCCCAGAUCGCUCUCUCCAUCGCGCGCGCAUACAAAGGUCCCAAACGCCGAGGUUGCAUUCAUCCCAGUCGUUCGCCUCAACCGACAGACAUCAAUGCAAGCUGUCAAGGCUCCCUCAAAGCACACCGGCUCCAAGUACGCUCCAAGCAACAGGACCGUCCCUCCAGACCGAGCUGGGUCUGGCGUUCGCUGGACCGAGAGACCUUUCAGGUACGAGGUCCAGGUUUACUGGCGUUGCGGCCAACCACAAAGCUUUCGGGUGAGCGCGUCACCCUGGAAGCUCGCAGUGACGCGGAGCUGGUCAAGAGCCUGGCACUCAGGCAUGAUUUCGGCCGGCCCUCAGGCGAGCAUCCAGUCGGUCUCAGACGCUUCGCGAGGACCGACGCUCGCGAGCCAUGCCCGGAUGCGCUCUUCCAAAAUCUCGAGGUCACGGCAGCCAGCGAGUCGGAAGAUGAUGGCCUGUUCGAUAAGCAGCUCAUGCAGUCCGCCGAGGCCUCGCUCGCUCGGCUGGAGCUGCUCAGCUCGCGUUGCCUGUGGGUGGAACCUCUACGACAGAUCGUGCGCAAGGAUCUAAUGGCUGGCAUCGCCGAGAUUCGCCGUGCUGGCAAGGGCCAGGUGCUGCCAGACAAUAUACCUUCGCAAGCUGAGAUUGCCUCAAAGCGUGAGGCAGAGGAUCAGUACCAGAAGUGGUUGGACAUGUACAUCGCUCUGCUAACAGAGGCGCUGAAGCUACGAUCGGAAGCUCGCAGGUCCCUGGAGCUUCCUUUUGUGGACGAGAGCUCGACCUUUGCUCUGCCCCGGUCAACGCGUCCGGACAACUUCAAACUAGUCGCUUUGUUUGAAGUUAUCCCAGCGGAGCCAAACCCCAUGUGCCUCCGCAAGAUGGCUGUGCGUUCCGUGACAUCGCCGGAGGGCAAAGACAUUGUCACGGUCCAUCUCUUCUCUGCAUUGGAUGGUACCAGCUACAAUCUUCUGGGUGACCAACGCCCCGUCAAACUACCUCGUGCCGACUGGUCCAAUGCCUCUACGGACUUCCUCGUGUCUGUCCCUAUGGAUGAUAAGGCGUGGGUUAUAGAUACCAGUGUCUCGAUACAGGGUCCUUUGAUAUUGGUGCAGUAUCCUGCGAUACUAUUCCUACUGGGUAGCGAGGCUGGGUCAAGCAAGACGGUGCGGGACGACAUUUCUUUGCAGGGCGAGUUUUCCCGGCCACAGUGGAACAUGGUCGUCCACACUCACUGGUUAUCGCUCAACCACCUGAAAAGCCAAGGCCGCAUCACCGACGAGGAGAUCAAAUGGAUGGUCGACUCCAAUGGUGUACCAAUCGCCCCACCAACCUUUGUCCCUCGGCCCCAGCCUGAGGAAGGUGGUGUGCCAGUCUCGACCGACGCCAUGGGCGCCGAAGUCAAGAUUGGAGAGCACACAAUGCAACACUCUGGUGUGGCUCUCGGCAUCGUUGCAAUUGGCAAAGCCCACUUGGACCUGCAGCCAAACCAUGACACAGAUGGGGCCAGCUACUGCGUUGGCAGAAGGGCGGUAGACUGGAGCUCGGGUCGAUAA